GUCCAAACACAGAGUUGACUGUAUAAAAGCCACAGCACGAAAAGUGUUCGACAUCAGUCAUCGUUUGCUCUCAACGUUCUCUAACUGCACAACCAAAAAUGUUCAAGGCUUUGAUCUUCGUCGCCCUUUUCGGCAUCGCUUUCUCCUCACCACUUUCGAACAGUGCUCUUCGCUCCUUGGGUGGAUCAAUUGGUGCUAGGAAAGUGGUCCCAAAAGUGGUCGAUGUCGCCCAUGUUGCCGUCUCCCAUGCCAGUGGCGAUGAUGUGCACGCCGAGACCUUGAACCGUUCCGAUGAUGUCCGCGCCGAUGGCUUCAGCACCGUCUUAGAGACAAGCAACCACAUCAGUGAGUCAAGGAACGGUGAUGUGCAUGGCAACAUCCACGGUGAUUAUGGCUGGAUCUCACCCGAAGGCGAGCACAUCCAGCUCACCUAUGUGGCUGAUGAGAACGGUUACCAGCCAAGUGGUGCCCAUCUGCCAACUCCACCCCCAAUCCCAGUGGAGAUCCAGAGGGCUCUUGAAUGGAUCGCAUCUCAUCCCCCAGCAGAGACCUAUGAUCAUUAAACAUUGAUUGAUCCCUUUGAAUGGACUUGGACUUAUCUUUGGAAUAACGAUGGUGAAGAAUAGUUUUUAAGUCUUUCGAGAAUAAACUCAAAUUGCAAACUCUUUAAA